UAUAUUCAUUCAUCAAGGCUUUUGGGUCCUGAAGGACUGAAUUUACCUCCAAACAGGAAAAUGGAGAAAACACAUUUAUUUUUCAAGACGGAAGAAAGCAUUGAUGUAUCACUUCAUGGAUCUGAUUCUUUAACAAGUAACUCAUCAUCAAGAAAUACUGAAAGUAAGAAAUGCAGCAAAAUUUCUAAAUCAACAGGGAAGAAAAAUUCAUCUGAAACUAAGUGUUUAGUCCCAGAAUAUAAAAAAGUAUAUGAAACAUCAUUAUUCCUGUAUAGAGAAGAAAAAUCCACUGACUUUUCAGGAUCAAAGAAAAUCAGGAAAAAGAAAAGUUUACAAGUACAGUUCCAUAGUAAAAGAACUGAGAUUGCCUCUCACUCUUCGAAGAUGUCAAAGGAGAAGAUGACUGGGAAAGAAAGUACUUCAUACAAGUUGCCAUACCAGUUUGGUAGUCACAAGACUUCACUAACUCCUCGUACACCUUCCUCAACUAUUCGGAGGAAGGAGACACCUUCUAACCUGGACCUGACAUUGUAUGAACAGAUACCUGAAGGAUACUUAAAAUAUCAAGAAUUAAAUGCACUUCCCAAAGCCUGUGUAAUUUUUAGCAAAGUUCGACAGGGUAAGAUUUAUGUGAAUGAUUUGCCAAUGAUCCUUCACAUGCUGAAGAUUUCUAUGAAUGACUCAGAAAUGCGACAGGUGCUGAAGACUGUUGACAUUGAUGAAUUUCAAGAUGUCUUGAAGACUUUUUCUAAAAUAAAAAGUGGUCGUAUAGCCGUUGAUGAAGUGGCUGCUUUUUUGGAUGGCAUGGAUAUUCCAGCAAACCCUGAGGCACUCAAGGAUGUGAUAAACCACUCUUUCAUGGACAGUAACCACACGGUGGAUAUUGGGGACAUUAUAUUUACUUUGGAUGAACUGCUACAACAGUAUGAAGAUGUUUGUAAGGGAUCUUUGUGGCUAUACAUUUUGUUUAUAACAAUUGUGGAAGAACCCACUUCAAGUAAAAAAUUAUCAGAUAUACCUGAACAUCAUCUAGAACAUAAGAAGAAAGGCAGUUUACUUUCCAGAUUGCCCCAACCUCUUACAUCAAAAAAACCUAGUGUACCUUCCCUUCAGUAUCGCCGUAAUGGUAAAAUCAUGGAGAAACAUGAAGAGCCUGAAUUUAAACCAUCAAAAGCUUCCUUACAAAGAAGAAAACUGUCAAGUGGGGUUGACGUUGAUCAAGUGGGAGUUCAGGAACCAUAUCCAAAGGUUGAAGAUUCUGAGUCUAAACCACCUAUCACCUUGAGGAGCACUACAAGCCUCGAUACUACAAGCCUCGAUAAGUUUCUGGAUAAAAGUGAUACUUCUAACAUCUUAAAACUUGAGAAGCUAGCUGGGAGAAAGCAGCCCAGCACACUAAAACCAGUUUCAUCGAAGGAAAAAGCUGCAGUUAGUGUCUUAGAAAAUGUCCAUGAUGCUAUCAGCAAGCUCCAAGGAAGUUACAUUUCUGCAGAUGAACUUCAGUCAACUUUACCCUCAGUAGGGAUUGCUUUAUCAGAUAAAGACUUCCAGAAGAUUAUGCCAAAGACUACUAAAACUGAAAGUGGAAUGGUGAAUUUAGAUGACUUUAUUAUGACAGUCUCCAAGGAGCACAAUCUUCCUGAAUGUGAUGCAUUGAAUGAUGCCAUUGAAGCCGUUAGCAAAAUUCAGGAUGAAAAUAUUGCUUAUGAAGAUCUUGAUACUUGUCUUCAAAAUCUUGGAGUUUAUCUUCCUAAGCCAGAACUAAAGAAGAUCAAAGAAUUAAUUGAAGCUGAUGAAACAAAAAAAGUGAAUUUUAAGGAAUUUAUUGAUACCAUGAUGAGCAACACAGAAUCCUUCUCUGAAAAUUUAUUGUUGGCGAAUGCUAUUGAGACCCUCCACAACCUCAGCAAGGACCAGAUGGAUGUUUCUCACUUGUGGGACACACUGUCUAGUUUGAAUAUUUAUUUAAAAAAGGAUGAAUUAUUAGAUGCAGUGAAGUUAGCAACAGUUGAUGAUGAUAAAGUACAACUUGAAGAAUUUUCAAAAGUAGUAAAGGACACGCGGGAUGCCCUCAGGGUAAAAGAGUUGCAGGAGAUAGCCUUAGCUCUGAAUUCGGUCAAAGGUGAGAAGGUAGCUCGGGAGAACUUGGAAGAUUUUCUAAAAGAUCUUGGGAUUACAUCAUUUAAAGACGAAGUGGAGAAAAUCCUUGAAUCAGACAUUGUUUCUGAAGGCAACAUGGUGAAUGUUAAAGACUGCAUGGAAGCUUUGAGAGACACUCAGAAAUUUUCUAACUUCACAGGUUUUAUAGAAGAAGCUGUGUCUCCACACCUGAAAUUGCCAACAGUAAGUGAGAUCAAAGAAGCUGCUGACAUCUUGUCACGUGUUGAUAAUGGCAAGAUCACUGUAUCUGACUUGCAGCAUGCCUUGAAAUGUUUGAAUGCCAAUUUAACAGAAGAAGACUUCAAAGAAGCCCUUGAGCACUGUGACACCAAUGAGAACAUGGAGGUGGACUUAAAAGAUUUCUUAAUGGAAAUGAAAAAUACUCCAAGCUUUAAGGAUUCCAUAGUCACACAGCUACUCCUAACCACUCCCCAAGUUCUCCAGAAGGAUCUAAUUGAUGUCUCUGAUUUCAAGAAGUUAUUGGUGAAUGAUGACCUUCAUUCAGCUGAAACCGUUCUGACUGAAGUGUUAAAAAAUGUUCCUGAACAUGAAAAAGGCAAAGUUACCAUUCAAGACUUUCUGAUCAAGUUUGCGGACACCUUGACAACUCUAAAAUCUGAACGUGAGUUUUACUUAGAAUGUGAUGUGGUACAGCUUAAGGAUAUCAUCAGAGAGCUGGCCAACACUGAUAUAUUUAAUGAGUGUCAGAGAAUAGAGGACACAUGCAAUAUUGUCAAUAAAAUCACUGAUGGAAAAGUUGAAGUUAGUGACCUUUUAUCAAUGGUAAAGAACUUCGAGAACUUUUUACAGGAAGGGCAGCCUGAGGUGUUUCCGACUUCUGAAAUGGCUGAAAAAGAAGUGAUCUUAGAAGACACAGUUUCUUCUUUCAUUGACUCAGCUAGUCUAGCCACACCAUUCAGCAGUUUAUUGAAAGAUAUUACAUCUUUUGAUAGUAUCAUAAAUAAAAAGAUGCCUGCAAAUGAACUGAUCUCCCAUCUCAACAGUUCUGGAAUUCCAAUAAGCUCCAAUACAAUGCAGGAGAUCCUAAGAAAGGCCUCCAUUGAUGGUGAAUUCUUCUUUUCUCAUUUCUUCUUUGAAACUAUUUAG